GCCAGCUAAGACCUGGCAAACUACUUCUCAUUGUUUCUAUGUAUUUCUGACUCUUCAUGAACACAUGUAACAUGUCCCUGCUAAUUACGGGUGAAUCAACUGAUGCACCUCCAACUAAGAAGAGUAAAUCAAACCAGAAAAGCAAGGAGGAACUAUAACUGUUUUCUCCAUGGGGAAGUUGUACUGGCUGUACAUAGCAACGUUCCUGGACCUACUGGCCACCAGUCUACUCGUACCCUUCCUGCCGUUGCAUCUUGCCUCCUACGGCCUGCCCAGGCUAGUGGUCGGGGUGAUUACGUCUGUAUACCCUUCAGUGCAGUUGUUUUCUAGCCCCGCUAUAGGCUUUUAUUCACAGAAAUACGGACAGAAAUGUACUCUUAUCACGUCACUUCUCCUGUGCUCACUGGCAUAUUACUCUAUAGCGACCACUUCGUCUGUUUUAGUAAUUUUCAUCUGCAGAGUAAUUCUUGGUCUCGCUAAACACACACAGACAAUUUGUAAAGCGGCUUUUUUACUGCACAAUGAUAUUUUAAAUAAAAACGUAGGGUUUGGGGGAUUCAGUGCAGCUGAAGCCUUGGGAUUCAUGUUAGGUCCAGUGAUCGGGGGUCACUUUAUAGGGAGGGAAGAUGGUUUUCGAUACUUGUGUAAAAUGACUGCGACUUUAUUUGUUUUUAAUUCCUUUAUAGUGUAUUUAGUUCUUCCAAAGGAAAAUCGGGUGGUACAUGAUAGCUCAAAGACAAGUGAAAAUGUAGUAAAAGUGUAUCAAGUGAAAGAUUGUGAAAAUUUUCUUACUUUUUGGGAUACAUUAUUGCUAAAACUAAUCCUGUGUUUUUCACUGUCAUUGUUCUACACAAAUUAUCAUGUUAUGGUUGUCGAAUAUCUAAUGAUGCCUCAUAGUAUGGUGGGGUAUACCAAUUCAUUCCAAGGGCUUAUUUGUAUUAUUACUGGUUUAUUUGCUAGUAAAAUAUCAGAUCUGUAUUUGUGUAGGGAAUAUUAUUUUAAGUUAAGUAUCUGUUUUUUACUACUAUCCAGCUCAUUUUUUCUCAUCGAUUUUGUUUCAGAAUGUGUGACCUUUGUUAUUAGUUUGAUUCCUCUAAGCUGUAGCUCGAGUUUAUUGAGAAUUUAUCUUACUGAAGCUUUACUAAGCCAUCCCAAUUUAAAUAAUAGAGCUUCUAUUAUAGGUUUAGAAAAUUCAAUUGCUACAAUUGCAAGUUUAGCUAGUCCUUUUGUUUUUGAAUUUUUCUCUUACUUAAGUGCAACAUUAUCAAUAACUUACUUAGCGUUCUUGAUCUCUGGCUUUGGGUCAAUGUUAUCCUUAAUUCUUUUUCUGACGAAAGGAAAAGAAAUAUAUCCAACCAAAGUUGUCACAGGAAUUAAAACUGAUUAACACCCUAAUCGUUUUUUAAAUUAAAUAUACUCACCAUAUAAUGUAGAACUUUUUACUUUGAUCAUGAACUAUUGACUAUAAAAUAAUCUACUCAAGCCAUUCCUUUUUAUUAUCGUACACUCUUGCAUGUUUUCUUAUAAAAGUUUGUUGCAUUCCCAGAUUUUGUUUCUUUAAUACAAAAUAUAUGUGAUCUGAAAACUGAAUGUAUUUACACUGUGAGUUUAAAAAUCUAACUCUUUUCGAGAAAAUUUUCUCCACUACUUUGUUUUUCUAUGUUACUUAAAUUUUUGCCCUAUGGUAUGACUGUUGAGAUCAAUGAAAGGCAGAUGCUCAUGGUCAAUUCAUGAAGAUUUAUGUGAUAUUUAUAUAAUUAUUGUACAUAAGAUUCUCUUUUAACGUUGUUUAUUAAACAAGGUUUUUUACAUCA